GAGCGGCCCCGCUCCUUAACUUGCUACCACCAUCUGGGAGCGUGUGCUGUUACCUAUCCAUCUACCUUUGCAGCAAGCUUCAGCACGAUAAUGGACGACGAGAUUGAGUACAUGGGUACCAAACCUGCUUGUCUGAAUCGACUAGCAAGUAAUCGCCCCUUUCUAGGCGCCCUACAGCCUACAGGGAUCACUCUUCAUAUCGAGAAGUAUGGGGGCGAGCUCUCAGAGACCAUGACUUUCCAGAAGCCGAAAGGCAACACAAUAGCUAUAGGAAGACGACCGCCCACAGUAGAUGUGGACCAACUAAAGCGAGACCAAGAGGAGGGCAAGGCCAUGUUCAGAUGCCCUGUCGUUAGCCGAAAGCAUGCUCGGAUAACAUUCUCCGACGCUGGCAAUGUAUUCCUCAUUGAUUUGGGCUCACAUCAUGGGACCCAUCUGCGAAAGCCGGACCAGCCUGUCUCUACAAUGCUUCGUUCUGACAUGCCCACGGCCCUGGCUACAAAUGAUAUCAUCACUUUCGGUAAAACCGUUGGCAGGGGCGGUGAUAUGGUUCGGCCAGUCGUCGCCCGAGUUGAAUUGCUCUACAAUCAGCCCGUCUCACCUUUCAGGCCUCUUAUUGUUCCAGAUUCGCCAGCAAGUUCAGAGGGGUCCGCAAAAUCCAGUGGCCGGUACGGUGUUCAUGUAUCAUCCUCAGAGUCCUCUUCCGGAUCUGAUCAUGAUUCGGAUAUCGAAGAACUGCGUUCGCCACCACCAGUGUUGUCCAACCGCUCUGGUCCUCCCCAACGAUUUGAUUCUUUAUUAGGCCGAGCUUCUGAGGUCUUGAAGAAACUCAUUCCUCCUGUUCAUCCUGCGCCUUCAAGCCAGAGCUCCCCGAUGAUGAAUCACAUAUUCUUCUCUCCUAGCCCUCAGCCACCAUCGGAAUUCAUUGGGUCUCCCGGACUACGCUCACCGGCGAUUAGCCCCCUUGACCAUGAUGAUGCCUUCCCAUCACCUCCGGGUUUAGACCUUUCUUAUCACGAUCUGUACCAGCCUGAAGACCGUGCCAAAUCAGCUUCGCCGAUGGAACUUGGUAGUCCAUCAUCUGUAUCUUUGCCGCUGUUUCCGAGCUCCCUAGAGAAGGUACUUAACGAACCUGUCGUAAUUGGGGCGUGGCCCUCUGCACCGAGUCACAGAUCCUUAUCACCCCUCCCUGAGACCUCUCAGGAUAAGGGCAGCGAGAAUGCCGCUUCUGAGGCACCCGUGGAUGCCCCUCGGGCUGAGGAUGCCGCCCCUUCCUUUGAUACGAAGACCGUCCUGGAUGAAGUCAAGGCCGAAGUAUCAAAGUUGGAUGCCCAGCGCCGCAAGUAUAAACUCAGAUUCAACGCUAAUGCCCAUACUGUGAAGGAUAAGCUAAGUGAUCUAGAUGAAAGGGUGACCGAUGUAAACGGACUUUGCACUUCGUUGAUUGAGCAAGUCGACAACUUGUGCCAUAUGGACAUUCCGGAUCUGCAAGCACAAAUUGAAGCUCUGCAGGAUCAGGAUCAGGGCCAGGAAGAUCUCUCCAGUGAAAGAGAGGACUUCCAGGCCAACGCCCAGACUCUUCGUGAUCUCGUUGCUGAUAUGCGAACGCUUCGCGAGACCACUGAACAGCAGAUGGUUGCAGAGCUUGAAGCUGUGCGACUGGCUCGUGAAGCGGCUAUCAACGCGAUGUCCGAGACACCCCCUCCGAUGUCUUUGAAGCGAAAGCGUGACGACAGUGGGGUAGAGGAUGUGUCAGUUCCCGCGAGUAGCGCCAUCACCACCGUCCCUGUUCAUUCCCGCAAGCGCGCGAGAGUUGCGUCAGUCGUCAUUCAAACGGCGGCUACGGUUGCGCUUGGAGCGGUGGCUGCUUGGAGCGCAUUGGCGUUCAGUUGAACGAACAUAUUCCCGUCGAAACCUGGACAUCGUCGUCAUGGUGUUCAGUGACACGGGCGUGUAAGGUCAUGGAGGAAUAUGAAUAUGAUAUCUGGUGUAGGAUGAUUGUAGGCGUUAUUUAUGCGAAGAUAACAAUGUUGUAGGCUAAGAGGUAUAUGCAAUUGAAAUUUUCCUUCCAUAUUUACCGUGGUGGGGGUUCGAAACAGUCUCCUCCGUACACUAUGUAAGACCAGCGUCCCCAAAGUCCAUAGCACCUAGGGAAUACGGGCAGAAACAGUUUAGGGGAAAUA